AGCACGAAAGAAUCGAUCUCGGCCGGGAAAACCAUUUUGGGGAAAUGGAGGACUUCGAAGAUAACAAUGAGGAGGAUCAGGCAUGCUGGAAUGUCACGCAGGACGAUUCCUACACCGUAUUGACCGGAAAAUACGAAUCAAUGAAUCCCGAUUGCCUAGAAGACGAGGACGACGAGCAGAAUGAUUUUUUAGAAAAAUAUCUGCUGUCGAUGAGUCCGAUAAUCGAGAAGAACACCGGGGUUCGAGGUGAAAAGGGAAAGAAGGGAACGUUGAGAACGAUGCCAAGAAGACUGCAUGACGUCAGCGUCAAGUGCAGCGAUUCGACCGAAGAGAUAGUCGGAACACCGUCGGAGGUUGCCUUGAGAUUGAGCGAUGCGAUCCAGCGUUAUUUACCGCGGAGAAAGUCAAAAAUCGAGAAAGAAGUGAGCAAGGAAGCAGCUGUUUGUCUGGACGAGGAAUUCGGAAAAGACGAAGAAUCAGCUGUAAAUAAUUGUCCCGAUGAGGAACCGCCUUGCCCUCCCGAACCUCCUGGCUGUCCGGGAACCUACGAUCGAAUUCGUAAAAUGAAUGUUCCAUGCGCCGCUGCGCCUACCAUACGCGAGAUCGCUCUUGGCAGAAAAGUGCGACGUCCACGGGGUGUCGUACCGACCGAGGAGAGCUUCGAACAGAGUUACAGUGCUCAGCCGAUUGACAAAGUUAAACCAAGUAGUGAUAAGGAUGGUUGUUGCUGUGCCAAGAAGAAGAAACGGGAAGGGCACAAAUCACCACCGCCUCCUCCAAAAUCUUGCUGCACUACACGGCCGACAAGAUCUAACAAAAAUGUAACAUUUACACUAUGAUGUUGAAAUACUACAAAGAGUUUCAAUCGGGGAAAAUUGAGUCAACUAUUAUUUACUCCGUUAACAGAACUUUGCUCUCUUAUCUAGAGAAAUAUUAUUGGAUAAAUGUGAUAAAUUUUAAAGAUCAACUUCGGUGUAACAUAUCGUUGCUCUGUUAGCUGGAAAAUACAUUAUGAAUAUAUCAUAACCACCGUUGAUCCUAUUUUGUUUUGUGUUGAAUAAAUUCUGACAAAAGUUUCAGUCAACUUGACAUAAUAUGUAACCAUCAAUAUUGAAUCCAACAUCAUAUUUUCGACAAAAUUGCAAUAAGA